GUAAAUUAGGGUGAAGGUCGUAAUAUUUCACAAAUAUUUUUGGGUAAGUUAAUGUUUUAAAUGGCUUCUUCCUAUGAAGAAAUAAGCUUUAAUCUUUCAUCGGAUCUGAUUAAAUAUCUAAAAAGUGUAUGCGAAUCCGGGGAACUAUCAAAAUCUAAUUGUGAUCGAUUAUUGAAGCUUAUCGAAGAGAAUGAUAGCAUUCCAUUGUCACUUUUGUAUGAAACGACUUCACAAAUUAAUGGAAAAGGACUUAAUCAGGCGCUAUUGACUACAGAAAUGAUUAUUCCAAGUCCGAAACCUCCUCAGAGAAGUAAGGAGCUAGAAGACCGCUUAGUUCGCUUAAGAUUGGAAGCUGAAGAAAGAGAGUACAAGCAAAUGACAAAGAAUGUCAGUCUAUCAUCAAAUGCAGAAUCAAUAGCAUCUGAUUUCGCUAAAUCUCAGAAAGAAAUGAACAAACAAAUUAUGAUGAUGUUUAAUUUUAUGGGUACCGUAAUCGGUUCAGCAGUUUUUGCUUACGUUGUUAGCGGUUCAAUUAUGGGAGAAGGAAACAUAAGUUUCCAAAUGUUAGCUGCCCUACUUACAGGAACUUUAGUGUUUUUCGCUGAUUUGUAUUUCAUUGUCAAAGCUGAUAGUCAGUCGGAAAAGAAGAACUAAAUACAUUGUUUAAUAUAUAUUUUGCCUCUAUCUUGCGAAUUGGUAAUGAAUUUCGUAAUUAACAGAUUAGCCAUGGACUACAAUCACCGGGGAAGUAGGCCUAAUAGUAGUCGUAAUCCUAUUACGGGUAGAGAAAUGAGAAGAACUGAUGAAAGGGACAGAAGGAAUCGACCUGAAGGGGUUCCUGCCCUCAAUUUAGGAAGAUUAGGCGAUGUUGGGGUAGAUGUGUCGGGAACUCCGAUAGAGAUAGCUCCUUUGGACUAUAAUCUUAAAACACCGAAUUCCGCUUCAACAAUAAGCUGGGGAACUCCUAGUUCUUCUGUAAUGCAUCCAUACGUUUUGAAAAAGAUGAAAGAAAAAAAUCCAUCAGAUUCUAAAGUUAUUCCCGAUGAUUUACGACCUCCAUCAGCAAAGUACAGGGAGAUGUAUGAUCAAUAUUCUAAUGAUAUGAAAAACGGCUAUAAGAAGCAGAUGAAAAUGCCACAAACCGAAAUUUCUAAUGAAGAUAUUGAUAGAGAAAUCGAGCGCUUAAAGAUUGGACUAGAAGUUACCGAUGCUGAAAGCGAUCUAACAAGAGAUAUGAUGCAGAAAACAUGGACAAAACAACCUUAUUCUAAGGCGCAAAUGUCGAAAAGAGCUGAUAUGGAAGAAUUAGCAGAGGAAAAGCGUAGGCUUAAGUUAGUUGAAACCGUCAUGAUUGAUCAAUUAUCCAGGGCUGUAAUUUGUGAUCCGGAACAAAAUGAGUUAACGCAACAUAGGCCUAAAGAUUUUCAAAUGGGAAUGAAGAAGGGUGCUUUAAGAGCACUGCACAACAGCAAAGUUAAAACAUCCGCCACUGCAACGGAGAAUCUUUUAUCACAUAAAGUAUCAUUUGGAGCUAGAAUUUUAUCUCGAAAUGGCAAAGAUUCAAUACGACAGUUAACUGGCUUCUUUUUCGGUAUAGACAACAGUAUUACUGUAUAUGAAUUUAAAACCUUUGGGAAAAGUUCAAAGGCUUUACCUUUUUUGAAAAGAAACGUAUAUAAACAUUUAAAAGGACCAAGAAAAGGAGAAAACUAUACAGUUCUUGAUAUUGUUGAAGGAAAUAUAUUAUACUUUAAUACGCAAAAUCAAACUCUACCGCAAACAUUUAGAGAAAGCUCUAUCGUUACUAUGAAAGUGGGAACAACUGAUAAUUCUGCUCGAGAGAUGCUAUUGAGCGAAGCUCCAUCACUAUCUGAUAAGGAAAUUGAAAUUAAGCGUCUUCUAUACAAAAUUCAAAGGCUUUCUCAAAGUCAAUUGAAGAGAAGAGGAAUUCGAAUUUUCACAGGCCUUGCCAGACAUUUUCACUCCUUAGAUGAAAAUGGAGAUGGCAAAUUAAAUAGAUUUUGUCUUGAAAAAUCACUGAUAGAAUUCAAACUUGAAUUACCAACUGAUCUACAGGACGAUUUGUGGGAAAUCUUGGAUGAAAAUAAUGAUGGCGUUGUCGAUUAUUCGGUAUAUAUGAGAACAGUUCUGGGUUCAAUGAACGAAACGAGGCAUAAGAUUGUUAGGAAAGCUUGGCAAAAUAUGGAUGGUGGGUCUAAUGGUACAAUUCCCAUAAGUACCUUAGCGAGAUUUUAUCACGCUUAUAAACAUCCCCAAGUCGUAAAUAAAGAAAUUAAGGAAGAGGAAUGUUGUCAACAAUUUUUAAAUUCGUUUUCGGAUGGUGUUGAUCCUGGAUAUGUUUCGUUUCCAGAGUUUGAGCUAUAUUACGAUGGUCUCAGUAUUUGUAUUGACAACGAUUGCGAUUUUAUAAAUAUUUUAUCCAAUUCGUGGGGAGUUUAA